AUCUGAACUAACAUAUGAUCAUGAACUCUUGCAACGUAGCAGGGUAAAUUCACACCCGAACGUAAUUUGACCUUUUCCCUCCAAUGAAGCCAGCAAGCAAUACCGAUACCUCCCGAGUCGAAGGGAAUGCUCCACCAGAAGUCAAACAUUCUUUGCUCGGCUUUCUGGUGCAGUCGAGCCGUGUUUCGCGAUCGAUUGCUAAGCCUUUCAGAGGUUUCGAGGCCGAGUUCGGGUCACGGUUGCAACUAACAGAGGCAUCUGUAUUGUUGAAGGCAGAGGAGCCAGGGAAAUCCGAAGGACGUGUCGUUGUCGAGGUGGUCGUGGAUGAAGAUAUGCUCAAUGGUGGUGGAAGCGUGCACGGUGGAUGUAUAGCCAUGAUGAUUGAUAUCUGCUCGACAAUGCCUAUUUACGUCCUUGGGGCCUCGACAAGCGGUUAUGGCGUAUUCGGCGUAUCGCAGUCUUUGAAUAUUGUCUACCAUUCACCAGGAUUGCUGGGAGACAAGUUACGCCUUGUGAGCACAACACUCGCUGUUGGUAGCCGGGCACUCUCAAGCCGUUGUGAGGUAUGGAAUGUUACGCGACACCGGUUAGUAGCAUCAGCUGUACACAUCAAGAUGGUUCCAUCUGAACCGAAGGCAUCUGAAUCUGCCAAACUCUAACCUACAUCGGCGCAGUCGCGAGUCUGGGAGCCAUGUUGAUUUACACAUGCCGCAAUUUUGCUCAUGCUAUAAUUUGGCUACUCCGAAAGUUGUCCUCUGGCCUGUUCCAUCAUUCAUGAGUUUUCUAGCACUCUGUUCAUCGACAAACUAAUGUUGCGUAACAACCAAUUACCUACCAUUCCUAAAUGGGUGAUUAGCUAAUUGGU